GUACAGACACAUCGCGCGCCACAUACUGUACAGAGAUUUUCGUCUCCCUCUUUUCGAUCGUUCCACUGGAUCGCAGCGCCAUAGGCUGAAUAAUUUCCAAGGCCGUUUUGUUCUGAUUGAGAGUGUAUUUUCGCCAUGGUUAUGCUGCAUCGCCGCCGGAGGAAAGAGACGCUGGUCUGGCUGUUGCCUGGGUUGCUUGGGGUCUGCAUGGCUUUAGAGCCCAGUAAAACCGAAGAGGAAGAUUAUGAGGACGUUCCCAUAAACAAAACUUGGGUUUUAUCGCCAAAGGUUUACGAAAGCGACGUCACCCUCAUCCUGAAUAAAUUACUGCAGGGCUAUGACAACAAACUGCGGCCAGACAUUGGAGUAAGACCCACUGUGAUUGAGACGGCAGUGUAUGUGAACAGCAUCGGCCCAGUGGACCCCAUCAACAUGGAGUACACAAUAGACAUCUUCUUCGCUCAGACGUGGUAUGACAGUCGCCUUAAGUUCAACAGCUCCAUGAAGCUCCUCAUGCUAAACAGCAACAUGGUAGGAAAGAUCUGGAUCCCCGAUACAUUUUUCCGCAAUUCCCGCAAAUCUGACGCCCACUGGAUCACCACGCCCAAUCGCCUUCUGCGCCUUUGGAGCAAUGGACGUGUGAUGUAUACCCUGAGGUUGACUAUUAAUGCGGAAUGCUACCUUAAGCUGCAUAACUUUCCUAUGGAUGAACAUUCGUGUCCUCUGGAGUUUUCAAGCUAUGGAUACCCAAAGAAUGAGAUUCAGUAUAGAUGGCAGCGACGUGCUGUUGAGGUAGCAGAUCAGAGAUACUGGAGACUUUACCAGUUCGCCUUUAUUGGACUGCGGAACACUUCGGACGUGGCAAAUACUCAGUCUGGAGAAUACGUGAUUAUGACGAUCUUCUUUGACCUCAGCCGGAGAAUGGGCUACUUCACCAUCCAGACCUACAUCCCCUGCAGUAUGAUAGUAGUGCUCUCCUGGGUGUCCUUCUGGAUCAACAAGGAUGCAGUUCCUGCCAGAACGUCUUUAGGUAUCACCACCGUACUUACCAUGACAACCCUCAGCACCAUAUCCAGGAAGUCAUUACCCAAAGUGUCAUACGUGACGGCUAUGGAUCUGUUUGUGUCCGUUUGCUUCAUCUUUACCUUCGCUGCUCUUAUGGAGUACGGGACGCUGCACUACUUCACCAGCAAUCGGCAGGACAAGAAGACCAAGAGCAAUAGUGCACCGAAAUCGAGCAUGAUGAACAUCAGGCCAGGGACAUCUCUCCUCCAGAUGAACAACAUCGCCCCCUACCAUGAGGAUGACGAUUACGCCUAUGAGUGUUUAGAUGGGAAAGACUGCACAAGCUUUUUCUGCUGUUUCGAUGACUGCCGCUCAGGGGCGUGGCGUGAGAACAGGAUGCAUGUCCACGUGUCCAAAAUCGACUCCUACUCACGAAUAUUCUUCCCAACUGCUUUCGGCCUCUUCAAUCUCGUGUAUUGGAUCGGGUACCUGUAUCUAUAAAAUUAAUACAGGAGAGAGAUGGACUGAUUUAAAAUAUAAAAUAUGUGUGAAAAACCACUUGUUAAUUCUCCAUCCUCUUGAUACAGUAUUUGAGCAGUUAGGAGCCUCAGGGUGAGAAUGUGUUUAUGAAGAAAAGAAAUGAGAGGUGCAUGUGACAUAUUAGAGAUAUUAUAUUGCCAUAUUGCAGUUUACUAAAUAUUACCAGCAGAAACCUUCAAAUGUUCUGGAAGACUGACAAGGUGAUGUAAAGAUGAUGUUAAGGUGAUGUUAAAGACUAUUAUGUUCUUGUUCCAUUGCAGAGAGCGGCGUGCCAAACAAAUGAAUCUUACAUAGUUACCUUGCUUAGUGCAAAAACAUAUACAAGCUAUUUAUAGUGCAAUGAAAGCUAUAAUUUUAAAUAUUCUUGCACUGUCACAGCUAAGGCACAUCUAAAACAUUUUUCCACCCUGUUUUGUGGGAAAAAAAUAUUAAAACAUUUUCAAUCUUCAAGCAUAAUAAAUAGAUCCUAAAGAUAGUAAUAGCUUCUUAAAUGCAUUUAACAAGAAAUUUCAAAGAAUUAACAUAUUCACUAAUAAUAGCUCUUUAGAUGUAGGACUUUAACCAAUUUUUAUUAUAAAGAUGCUAGUAUAAUUACAUGCUUAUAUUCAUAAUAUUCAGCUUCCUUGCGCCUUAUCAAACCAAAGCAUAAGUAGUCAGAGCAUAAGGUUAUGUGAAAUAGAUUUUGAUGUGUUUAACUUUAAGCCAUUUUAUUGGAAUUAGCCUACGCCACUUGAAAAUGUGGUUAAUUCUCAGACUGUAAUAACUGACAUGGAAGAAUCUCUCAUGUUGCACUGGUCUGAUGUGUCUAUCACUUGUUUAUAUAUACCUGCUGCAGGUAGUUUAUGUUACACUUUUCAGUUGAGGCUAUGCAUAAAAGUGGCUCGGCGGGUAAUGAAUCCAAAUAGUCUACUUUGGGGAGCAAGUCUGGUCUUUCAGUCUGAUCCAACUCUGUCGGCAUGUCAGGAGCGCGUACUGUCAGCCAAGCCAGCACACCAGUUCAUAAUUCACAAUUGUCAUCUUAUAACGAAGCCAUUGAUGCCUUUUUUAGAGUUAACUCUUGGUUAGGCCAGUCUGCAUCUUUUGUUGGUUCCAUGGUUGGGCAAUAUGUUAAAUGUGGAACAUUGUAAGCAUGACACUCUUCUCAAGAUGAUGAUCUUAUCGUGUUAUUGUGCAAUUCUAACUUAGUCAUCAGUAAUCAUAUAGUUGUAUAAAAGCAGU